AUGCCGACAAAACUCGGCGCGGCUGGCACGGCUCGGUUUGCCUCGAGUUCCCACCCGCUCGACCGUGUCCGUCGCCUUGCCCAUGCGUCGCAACUGCCUGCACUCCAGAAACUCCCGAGUGCGGCGCACAAACCGCCGAAGCGCCGUCUCGAGGCUGCCUCGGCGCCGCUGCGUAACAACCCCGCGCCGACGCGUGGUCCCAUUCUGCAGUGUAUCGCGCACACAACAGCCGAGCGCUACGAUCUGCAGCGUCUUGCUGUCCUUCUUCGUCGGAUGGGCGUGCGGUGGGAGGAAGUUCCCGAGGGUGACCGGGAAAGGGCUUUCGUCAUCGGUCCGUGGAAGGGGAGGGGUGGCGCCGAGCGCCUCGUUCGCGGGAAGGAUGUGCCGAGUUCAGGCGAGGAGGAGCUGGACCCCGACAUGGGCUUCGAGUAUGGCGAGCGCGGCGAGAUUUGGGUCUUCAACUCGGGAAGCUUCGUGACCUGGGGUCUGACGGAGGAGGAGGGACGGGCGUUUGAGCGCGACGUGCUUAAGCGUCGAGGAGCUGGAAUCGAGGUCGAGCCCCUUUCGCCGGAGGAAUACGAGGUCGAGGAGGUGGACUUUGUCGUCGACCCCAAUGACAAGACACAGAUUGUCGGAAACCUGAUUCUACUCGGCGGACCGCCUGAGCUGUCCACCUUCCCUCCGUCCCCGGGACUUGCCUCCCUCCUCGCCCGUUACACCCUCUCUCUCUCCCUCUCUCGAUCCUCCUCGCUCAGUGUGCUUGAGGGCCGUCUCGACCGCCACAUCGCCUCUGUAUCCAAGAUCCCGCGAGCCCUCGCGCUCUUUGGCCAGCAACCGCUCGAGCGCCGCGACGUGAUUCGCAAGAUGGGCGAGCUGAUGGUGCUCCGCAUGGCGGUGAAUACGCGCGGCGGCGGCCUGGAGGAAACCCCCGAGUUCUACUGGAGUGAGCCCGAGCUCGAGUCGUACUUUGACUCGGUGGCCUCCGAGUUUGAGAUCAAGGAACGCAUCGAGGCGAUCAACAAGAAGAUCGACUACGCGCAGGAGGUGCAGAACACGCUGCGCGCGCUGCUCACCGAGGCGUCGGGACAUCGCAUGGAGCUCAUCAUUAUCGCCCUCAUUGCUGUCGAGGUCAUCAUCGUGCUCAUCCGCGAGGGUCCUGAGCUCUUCGAGCAUAUCCGCCGCCCGCUCGUUGAGGCCCUCGACUCGGUGUUCUACGGCAAGGACGUCGUGCAGGCUAAGAAGCAGCAGGAGAAGGAGUAUAACGAGGAGCACCCCGAGAUCUGCGGGAGCGGGUCGACUGUUCCUCUCCAGCCUGCUCCUGAGCGCCGUCUUGUCUAA